AUGGAUAACGGUGCUGAGAUAGAUUUAUAUGAUAAUAUUGAGGAAGAUUUCGUUCAGGAAUCUAACGAGCUCACUGAGCUCUAUGAUGAUGUCAUAAUACCACCUUCUUCGAAAACUGAACAUGCUGGUUCUGAAUCAAAGGUUAAACCUGUUACUGCUCCAGCACAGCCUCCUCAUACUGGAAAAAGAUUCGCUACAUAUCUGGGAAAUCUUACAUGGGUGUGUCUGUUUUUUUUCUAUCUUUACUGCUCUGUACAGUGGUCUACUGAUGUCGAUAUACAGGAAGCAUUCAACAGCAUUGGUAUACGGGACAUUCUGGAAAUAAAAUUUCACGAAAAUCGCCAAAAUGGUCAAUCAAAGGGGUUUUGUGUGAUAGUUUUUGGGUCAGAAUCGUCUGUCAAGAUUGGGAUGGAAAAGAUUUCAAAAAUUGAAAUUAACGGCCAGCAGCCUGUGCUCACAUAUUGUACAAAACAAAGCUUGGCAGUUUUUGAGAAAGCUGCUAGCAAUGACGGAACCAUUCAAAACUCAUCCGCUUCUGCUUUACUUGGUGCAGCAUCAAACAGUCGCAUUACUAGUGGUUCAAGUAAUGGGCGUUUACCUCCUCCGCUAAUGAGCACUCCGGCACUUCCAGCUUCCCUUGGAUUUAGUAUGCGGGGUAGUUCAUCUCUCAUGGGUCGAGCAUCUUCUACUCGUUCUGCUGGCGGAGCGCUCUCACUCGGCAUUCCAAACUUGUCUCAAGACUUGCUCAUGUCUGGUUUCAACUUGCCUACAACUCUCUCUGCGAGCCCUGGAUCCAGUCUUAUUCCUACACCUCCUUUGGCCAUACCUGGCGCCUCCGGUGCCAACGCACAUAUCAAUCCCAGCUUCUUGCAGCAGAGUGGAUUGAAUCAAGCUGGAGCAGUCGGGGCGAAUUCUUUGCUUCAAACCCAGCUAGGUGCUUCUGUGCUCCGUCCUCAGCUGGAUCAAUUCGGACGUUGUGCAGUACAAACAUACACACCAGGUGAUAUAGCUUCCAUCAUGUACAUUCCUCACCUUAUUUCAGGUCAAGCGGUGAAGAUAAGUGAGGCUGAAUUCGAAGACAUAAUGGAAAAAAAUAAGACGGUGUCUUCCACUGCUAUUAAUCGAGCUGUUGCGGAUGCUGCUUGUGGGAAUUAUCCUAGGGCAAUCGAAACUCUGGUUACCGCCAUAUCUCUAAUCAAGCAGUCGAAAAUCGCUAAUGAUGAUCGGUGUAAAAUUCUCAUCAAUUCCUUGCAGGAUACACUUCAUGGAAUAGAGAUGAAGUCCUAUGGCUCAAAGAGUGGAGGCAGCAGCAGUGGCGGGAGUAGACGUCGUCGACGUUCGUACAGCAACAGCGGUAGUGAGGGUGGUGAUGACUACAGAGGUGGCAGUCGACACCAUCGGAGUAGUCGUCAUCGCUCUCGCUCGCGCUCACCUCGCGGUCCUCGAAAUGACGACAAGCGUCACCGAUCCUCUCGAAAUGACCACGACAGACUUAGCGGUCGCGACUACUAUGGCAGUGGCUCACCCUCUUAUCGUGAAUCCACUCGCUACCGACAGUAG